GGAGCAUAAGGGACAUCAUGAGUAUUACAGUCAAUACCUUACGUCAAAAACUUCACAUCCUCAAUGAACAAGGACAAAGACUGCUUCAACGCGGUAACACCAUGAGGAAGAUCAAGCAGAGCAACAUAUGUUUGCAGAAACAAGUCAUUCUCAUUGCACCACUUGGAAUCGUUGGCUGUGUGAUUCUGUCUCCGUUUCUUCUCUUCUCGUUUUUUGUUAUGGCUCCUUCAGUGUUACUUUUCUGUUCUGCAAUGGCGCUCCUGGUGAUGUCGUUCUCAUUAUUUUUCGGAUUUCUUCUCAAUUGUUGUUUAGUAAUGUUUGUAUUUGUAUCGUCAUGUCAUAUAUUAUACCACAUCUGCUUCUACACCAUUUGCCGUAUCCAAACUUAUUAUAAGUACAUACAGUCCUCACCGUCUUCUGUGUACCAAUACCUUAGAGCACGAAUGUGCGAGGUUUUAUUGCAGCUCGUAGAUAUUUUAUCUGACGACAUACCACAGCAAAGAAUUGAUGGUAGAAAAUGCGUGGGAUCUUGUGACUCGAGCGAGCUGGAAGAUAUUGAGCCAGAUUACAGAGACAGAGAAACCAAACUGUACGAGGCUUUGGUGAACAGUCCUCAGAAAACUGGCAAGGACACCUUUGAACCGUUCCCUUAUUAAAACUGGUAUACACAUGAAAAACAAUUGUUAUACAAUCUAUUUUGACCAAUGAAUUCUUAAGAAUAAUUAUUUAACGUCGAGCCCUAGGACUAAGAACCUUUCAAAUGUAUAAAGAAAAUGAGUCGAGUUAGUGGUUUUGUUCCAGUUCAAGGAUUUAUUUUGUGUUGGUGUUAAAGUGUCAUUGUUUGAUAUGCAAGUUGAGACAAAAAUUGUUGAAAAGACAACUGUUCGAAGCUAGAUCUGCUGUGAUUUGUCAAUUAAUGAACCUCACUAAUGAUACAGUUGGUAGGUCGGUGGAUAGCACCCGUGAAGGAAGAAUGGGUUAAAACAUGAGACUGACGAGACAGUUAUAAUACUAAUACCUAAUGGUCUCCAUCAGGUUAAGCCGCGUCUGAGAGGUCCGGGUUCCACCUUUGGUAGGGUCAGUGUUCUUGGGCACGGCUCUCACAGUCUCUUCCUUGCUUCUUCGGGUAGGCGAACUGUCAAGAAAACGAUGAAUUUCUAGAGGGGAUUACCUUCAAUUAACUAGCAUCACGGUUAUAAGAGACGUUAAAAAUACUCCUUGAUUCUUCGCGCUACAGAAACGUACAUCACUAACCGCCUCCACUUCGGUCAAUAGUUGUUAAUUAUAACCAGGACCCCGUAUUUCAAAACGAAAUGGAAACAACGAGAGGAUGAGGCUUCUAAGUAGAAAUUCAAGUUGUUCAGAGCCGGGAGAAAGGAGGUCUUUAUGCUCACCCUGCUGUUAUGUUACCUGCCCGUGACGUUACUAAGUAGUGUAUGUAUAACUGUACCCUUUAUAGCUGGGCACCACUUUCAUGUUUGGUGUAUGAAUUAGGCGUAUUCUUGUAUGAAACUUGGAUAACUCUUCAUCGGUAACAAUUUUUCUUUGUAAGAAGUGCGUGCGUUUAAUUAUUCUUCUAAGGCUGCUUGCACUUUAGCGCUCAAAAACUUCUUCAAACGAGGAUUAAACUAUUCAAAUCGUUGUAUUUGGCAUGCGCCGGUUUCUUCAGCAACAAGAAACUCCUUUAAAACACCAACAUUAAAUACUCUACCUGGAUUUCAGUUGCGUUGUAACGUUCUCCACGUCAAUUCAUAUCAAUAUCUAUUCAGAGCACCGUACUCUUUUUUCAUAUCCACUGCGUGUAUGGUACAUAACAGUCUAAGAUAUUUAGCAAGUGUUAACAAGUGAGGCCUCCUCGUCAUUUUUCAAACGCUCUUUUAUUCGAAAACGAACUGAGAACUAAAAAUACGUAAUGCAUGC